AGUGAAUGUUUGAAGAGGCGUGCUCUUAGUUUCUGCAUAGCUGUCCUCCGAAACCCUAGAGAGAGCCUCCGUCAGAGGAAGAAGAAGAAGAAGAAGCAACAAUGGUGUGUAUACGCAAGGCGACGCUAGAUGAUCUCCUGGCGAUGCAAGCUUGUAACCUCUUAUGUCUUCCUGAAAACUACCAGAUGAAGUAUUACCUCUACCACAUCCUUUCCUGGCCACAUCUCCUCUACGUCGCCGAAGAUUACGGAGGCAAGAUUGUCGGCUAUGUCUUAGCCAAAAUGGAAGAAGAAACCACUGAAUGUCAUGGCCAUAUUACAUCCCUCGCCGUCCUUCGCACUCAUAGGAAACUCGGCCUUGCAACUAAGCUCAUGACUGCUGCACAAAACGCCAUGGAACAGGUCUUUGGAGCUGAAUAUGUCUCCCUUCAUGUAAGGAAGAGCAAUCGAGCGGCCUUUCAUUUGUAUACUGAGACUUUAGGGUAUCAGAUUAAUGAUAUUGAAGCUAAGUAUUAUGCUGAUGGAGAAGAUGCUUAUGAUAUGAGAAAGGAAUUGAAGGGAAAGAGUCAUCAUCAACAUGGCCACGGCCAUCAUCAUCAUCACCAUGGAGGUGGGUGCUGCUCUGGUGAGACUAAGCCGCAGAGGAAAGCUUCUACUUCAGCGGAUUGAUCUUAACUGAAGGGGGUAAAGCAAAAUUUAUUAUUAUUAUUUUGAAUUCUGAUACACUUGAAUGAAUGUUUUGAAAUUUGUUGCAUUUCUUCAUGUUUAAGAACUUCCUUAUGAAGUUGUGUGCUGAUGAUGAACAGUUUGGAAUUUCCAGUUUCUGAGAUGAUUUUGGAACUA